UCAAAGCUGAGAGAAAGCCCGGGUCUAGGAGCGUGUCGCGCUCUGGUCCAGGAAGAUUCGUUGGGGUGGAGAGAAGGGGGAGGGCCCGGGCAAACCGUUGCUGCCUCAGCCGGGGCUGGGGUCCGGGGAGGGGGAGCUCCUGGCACCCCGUGGACCCGCGGCCUGCGGCCGUCCCCCCGGAGCUGUUGGCCCAUCGGGGCUCGCGGGAGCCUGCCACCGGCGCCUCCCACCGCGGCCCACGCGGGCGGCGCGCGGAGGAGGGGGCGGGGGCAGCGGCGGCUGUAGCGGCCGCGACCUGGGCGGGCGGACUAGUGUGACGGGCCUCUGGGCCGCUGUGGAUGGUUUCUAAAAUGAUCAUUGAAAACUUCGAGGCCCUCAAGUCCUGGCUCAGCAAGACUCUCGAGCCCAUCUGUGACGCAGAUCCAUCAGCCCUGGCAAAAUAUGUUCUUGCUUUGGUAAAGAAAGACAAAAGUGAAAAAGAGUUAAAGGCGUUAUGUAUUGAUCAACUGGAUGUAUUUCUUCAAAAAGAGACACAGAUAUUUGUGGAAAAACUUUUUGAUGCUGUGAAUACAAAGAGUUAUCUACCUCCUCCAGAGCAGCCAUCAUCAGGAAGCUUAAAGGUAGAAUUUUUUCAGCACCAAGAAAAAGAUAUAAAAAAAGAAGAGAUCACAAAAGAGGAAGAGCGAGAGAAGAAGUUUUCUAGAAGGCUAAAUCACAGUCCCCCUCAGUCAAGCUCCCGAUACAGAGAAAAUAGAAGUCGUGAUGAGAGGAAAAAAGAUGAUCGUUCUCGCAAAAGAGAUUAUGAUCGAAACCCUCCUCGAAGAGAUUCAUACAGAGACCGGUACAAUAGAAGACGAGGGCGAAGUCGCAGUUACAGCAGGAGUCGGAGUCGAAGUUGGAGUAAAGAGAGGCUUCGUGACAGGGAUAGAGAUAGAAGCAGGACUAGAAGCAGAAGCAGGACCCGAAGCAGGGAAAGGGAUCUGGUAAAACCUAAAUAUGACCUGGAUAGAGCAGAUGCAUUAGAAAACAAUUAUACUCCAGUCUCUUCAGUACCUAAUAUUUCAUCUGGCCACUACCCAGUACCUACUUUGAGCAGCACUAUUACAGUAAUUGCUCCUACUCAUCAUGGUAAUAAUACUACCGAAAGUUGGUCUGAAUUUCAUGAAGACCAAGUGGACCAUAACUCGUAUGUAAGACCACCAAUGCCAAAGAAACGGUGUAGAGACUAUGAUGAAAAGGGUUUCUGUAUGAGAGGAGACAUGUGCCCUUUUGAUCAUGGAAGUGACCCGGUAGUUGUAGAAGAUGUCAAUCUUCCUGGUAUGCUGCCUUUCCCAGCACAGCCUCCUGUUGUUGAAGGACCACCUCCUCCUGGACUCCCUCCACCACCACCAAUUCUUACACCCCCACCUGUGAAUCUGAGACCCCCAGUGCCACCGCCAGGCCCAUUACCACCCAGUCUACCACCUGUCACAGAUGAUAUUUCUUAUUCUUUGGUUUUGACAGGACCACCACCUCCACUUCCUCCUUUGCAACCAUCUGGCAUGGAUGCUCCCCCAAACUCUGCAACCAGCUCUGUUCCUACUGUGGUAACAACUGGCAUCCAUCACCAGCCUCCUCCUGCUCCACCCUCUCUUUUUACUGCAGAUACAUAUGACACAGAUGGCUACAAUCCUGAAGCCCCAAGCAUAACAAACACUUCCAGACCAAUGUAUCGACACAGAGUGCAUGCGCAAAGGCCUAACUUGAUAGGACUAACAUCAGGGGAUAUGGAUUUGCCACCCAGAGAAAAGCCUCCUAACAAAAGCAGUAUGAGGAUAGUAGUGGAUUCAGAGUCAAGGAAAAGAACCAUUGGUUCUGGGGAGCCUGGAGUUCCUACAAAGAAGACUUGGUUUGAUAAACCAAAUUUUAAUAGAACAAACAGCCCAGGCUUCCAGAAAAAGGUUCAGUUUGGAAAUGAAAAUACCAAACUUGAACUUAGAAAAGUUCCUCCAGAAUUAAAUAAUAUCAGCAAACUUAAUGAGCAUUUUAGUCGAUUUGGAACCUUGGUUAACUUACAGGUUGCCUAUAAUGGUGAUCCUGAAGGUGCCCUUAUCCAAUUUGCAACAUAUGAAGAAGCAAAGAAAGCAAUAUCAAGUACAGAAGCAGUGCUAAAUAAUCGCUUUAUUAAGGUUUAUUGGCACAGAGAAGGAAGCACCCAGCAGUUACAAACUACUUCUCCAAAAGUAAUGCAGCCUUUAGUCCAGCAGCCCAUUUUGCCUGUUGUGAAGCAGUCAGUCAAAGAGCGGUUGGGUCCGGUACCUUCAAGUACUAUUGAACCAGCAGAAGCCCAGAGUGCCAGUUCAGAACUUCCUCAGAAUGUAACUAAGUUAUCUGUGAAGGACAGGUUGGGUUUUGUAUCAAAGCCAUCUGUUUCAGCAACUGAAAAGGUGUUGUCUACAUCUACUGGCCUAACAAAAACGGUGUAUAAUCCAGCUGCUUUGAAGGCUGCACAAAAAACCUUACUUGUUUCCACCUCUGCAGUUGAUAAUAAUGAAGCACAGAAAAAAAAACAGGAGGCACUGAAACUUCAGCAGGAUGUAAGGAAAAGAAAACAAGAAAUUUUAGAAAAGCACAUUGAAACACAGAAGAUGUUAAUUUCAAAACUGGAGAAAAACAAAGCAAUGAAGUCUGAAGAUAAAGCAGAAAUAAUGAAAACUUUAGAGGUUUUGACAAAAAAUAUUACCAAGUUGAAAGAUGAGGUCAAAGCUGCUUCUCCUGGACGCUGUCUUCCAAAAAGUAUAAAAACCAAGACUCAGAUGCAGAAAGAAUUACUUGACACAGAACUGGAUUUAUAUAAGAAGAUGCAAGCUGGAGAAGAAGUCACUGAACUUAGGAGAAAGUAUACCGAAUUACAGCUGGAGGCUGCGAAACGGGGGAUUCUUUCAUCUGGUCGUGGUAGAGGAAUUCAUUCAAGAGGUCGAGGGGCAGCUCACGGCCGAGGCAGGGGUCGAGGUCGAGGUCGAGGUGUGCCUGGUCAUGCUGUGGUGGAUCACCGUCCCAGGGCAUUGGAGAUUUCUGCAUUUACAGAGAGUGAUAGAGAAGAUCUUCUUCCUCAUUUUGCGCAAUAUGGUGAAAUUGAAGAUUGUCAGAUUGAUGACUCUUCACUUCAUGCAGUAAUUACAUUCAAGACACGAGCAGAAGCUGAAGCAGCUGCAGUUCAUGGAGCUCGUUUCAAAGGGCAGGAUCUAAAACUGGCUUGGAAUAAACCAAUAACUAAUAUUUCAGCUGUUGAAACAGAAGAAGUUGAACCUGAUGAAGAGGAAAUUAUACCUUUGUCCUUCCAUGAGUUUGAAUUGAAUGGGGAGAAAAGCAGGAGAGCUCCUGGUAUUAGUUUCAGGAAGAGUCUUUGGUGGAUGACUCAUUACUUCAAGAUGAUGAUGAAGAAGAAGAGGACAAUGAAUCUCGCUCUUGGAGAAGAUGAUUUGACUGAUCAUUGAUCUGCAUAUGAUAGAACUCUACCUGUGUUUCAUUAGUAUUAUCUAAUGUACUUUUACAUAUUUGUAAAAACAAUUUUUGGUAAAAUGUGAUGAAGAUGGAUUUCACAAAUAGACAAAAGAGAAGAAAACUACCUUCUGAAUCCUGUAUUUUGAAAGAUUGAUGUUUGCGUUUUAUUUCAGUAAACAAUUGGUAAAGACAUCACACUAGAAACAUAUGCAAUGUUUUUAUUACAUACUUCUACUGAACAUUACAGAAUUCUUUGGGUUCUUUGUAAUUUAAUGAAUAGGUCUGAAGACUUAAUGACCAAUACUUGUUAUAACUUAGAGGAUUUUGUUUUACUCCAAAUAAGGAAUGAAUUUGCAUUUAAAAUCUUAAUGAAUGUUUUCAAAAAUGAGUAGGUAACAUAGUACUCUAACUAAAGUCUCCAAGUUAUGUAUUCAUAAUAUUACAUAGUAGUAUGCUUAGGCUUUACUAUGUAUUAGCCUUUUGUUGGACUUGUGUAUGUAUUUUACCAUAUGGGUUUUAAUGAUAACGGUGUAUGACUGCUUUGCAUUUGAGUCCUUAUGCAUUCAGAUGUUAAAAAUAAAGUGGAAUGGUCUCUUGAAAAGAAAAGAAAAGAAAAAAGCAAUGACAAAAAAAAAAAAGACAAUGUUCCUUGAUUUAAAAAAAAAAAAAAAAGAAAAGAAAAAAAAGUUAAAAUAAAUAGACCAUUCCAGAUGGUGAUCUACCCUUCCCCCCAGUUAUCACAAAAGGAGCUAUAAUCACUAACUUAUUCUUAAUAAUAAUAAUGGUUACCAGUACCUUUACAAUAAUGUUCAAUCCAUUGUUUAAAAUUUAUACCACUUAAGUUUGGUUUGAUCCUAUAAACUUUCAACAGAUGUCUUAAAUUAAAAGCAGGCUGAUUAGUUUGGAACCAGACUUCAAGUAGAACUAACAUUUGGUGAAUAAGAAAACAUCACAUUACAUUUUGGAUGUAUGAAAGAAAACUUGACCAUUUGAAGAUGUAUGAAUAAAGAAAUGUACUAUAGAUACUACUUUAGGAAAACACUGUUUGUAGUCGUGAAAGAUGCCAAAUUGGCAGAGGCUCACGUUUCUUCUCUUUACACCAAACAGAACUGUUUUAUGGGGACUGUAUUUUCAGUCUUACUUGGAACACUAAUCACUGGCUCUGAGGGUUACAAAAAGAAGGCAAACAGUUGCUUGUUUGCAGAGAGAGAUCAUCAUUGCCUGAAUUUAGCUUUGUGACUACAACAGCAAGACCUGUUCCUGUCUGGAGACGACUGUUAUAAUAAUAUGAUACUAUCGUUUUAUGUUUGCCCUUUAUCAUUUUGAAUAGAUGUUUACAUGUACCAUAAUUAGCAUUUUAUCUUUACAGUUCUUUUAGGGUACAUCUGAGUCCAGAAGUAAAUCUGAUUGUGUGCUUUGUCUGACCUUAUUCUUAAAUGUUUUCUCCCCUUUAUAGCCAUUUAUUUUUAAACAGUCUAAGAAGGAAAAAAAAGAAAAUCCUCUUGGUUUUCCUAACAUGAGAUAAGUUUUCAGUCUCAGCCAAAUUGAAAUUGUGUCUAGGAAGUCUAUAAAGCCAUGAUACUGUGUUCAUUAGCAUGAACAAUUUAGAAUGAUGAAAAUGAUUAAAAAGUUAAACCUUGGUUUGGCUUUAAUUUUCCUGGGUUUUUAGGAUACAUUUCUGGAGUUAGGAUAGUCACUUAAAAUAAUUUUGAACCAUUAGUAAAAUACUUUUUUCACAUGGUGAUAACUUGCCUGUUUCUUCUAAAUAUACUUAUUGAAGUCACUGCCAAGGCCACUUACCCAAAUAAUUUUUAAAAAAUUCUUAACUCUUCAAAAUAAACAAGGAGAAUAAUUUUCUUUCUUUUCAAGUAGUAUAAAAUCUGUGGAUUAUAAAUAUUGAGAAAUAUCUGUUAAAUGUCUAAUUUACAGAGUUUUUCCUUAUUUUCCUCAGUUGCAACCAAAAGACAUCAAAGACAAUUUUUGAAGCAAGGGGAAGUAGUGUUGUGUGUCUAGCAUUGUUAAAACUAUAGUUUUCCUGCCUUAAAAGGUGUAUGUCCGUAUUAUUUAUUUAUAAGCAAUAUGGCUUGGAAUUAUUUAUAAAGAGUGUGAUUAAAUUUUAUUCUAAAUAUUCACCCAAAAUACCCUCUUUAUAAUGGGUACCAUAAAGUUUUCAGAAAGUUAAUUUCUUAGUAUUCCUUCAUAGAUUCUCAUUAGCAUUUGAGAAGUCAGAAGUUACACUUGAUAGCAACUCUUAUUAGAAAAGUCCAAAUUAUACUUGAUCCUUUUCUCCCUUGUUUUGUUUUUUUUUUUAGUUCCAUUCAGCCAUGCUCAUAUUUUCACCUUUUUGUGCAAAGUUAACUACUCUGCAAGCACUUUUUCUUGAGUAUGCAUUGCAUUUGUCUUCAUGAAAAAAAGAAUGAACCCGUCAGACAUAAUGUAAGUUAUCUAUUUUGAUCCAUGUUAGUUGGAGACAGCAUGGUUAAUGUAGGCUUGGUUUAAAGGAAGGUCUUAACAUAAUUAUGACCUUAUAGCCUACAGGGCAUUUUAAAAAUUGGACUUCUCUUUUAGUUCACAUUUGCGAAAAAACAUAUAGCUGAUGGGAGUUCACAAAUAUUUUCCCAGAUUAGUUCAGUAGUUUUUUCUUUUUAAGGAAAGAUUCUCUGCCUGUGUAAUAGAAUAGUUCUAACCUGCUGGGCUAAAAACCCAGAAAACAUUCUCUGAAGAGACCAUACUUGCUGUUAACAGUUUUGGUUGGUUAAUAGAUGUGGAUCGUAUCCCACCACUCUCAAUUUUAUUUUGUCAUCUUCCUCCCCCCUCCCGCCCCCAUGCUUUUAAAUUAAAAACAAAAUAAAUUGAACAUGCCAUUGGGAAUCAGAAGUCGAGAUGAUUUAAUUCUCAUUGAGAUCAUUGUACUUUUUGAAAAUUGCUGUGAGAUCUGGUAGGUCAGGUACAUAUUUGAGUUCCCAUAUGUUUAUUAAUUAAAAAUAGGGAUUUUCAUUAUUUCAUUUUCCUGAAGAGGAUUCUUAUGGAGCUAUGUGUAGAUAACUGUACAGAAUCACUUUUGUGUAAUUGAGUGAAGCAGUUUAACUGCAUGAUUGCAUUAUGGAAGCCUUUUAUAUAUCUUUAUAUUUUUCAAUAUACUUAGAUUUUACACUAUCAGCUGCCCUAGUCAUGCUAUAUUUGUUUUUUUUUAAUAGAGUUUAUAAAUAUUUGUGCUCAAAAUACAGAUCAAUUGAAUAUUUUGGGUCUUGUUUACAAGAUAAAUAAUACUUUAAAGUGAUGCAGCCCCUCAAGUGUCUUAGGAAAAAGUCAUUGGUGCUAUAAAACCUUUCAAUAUCAUUUUUCAACCUGUUAUCUAGACUUUGCUAGGCUUAAAUCUAUGGUUGCUUAUAACUUAAUCUAAUCUAGCAGCAUAAUUAUAAAAGUGGUCUGCGGUGAGUCAGGUAAAGAGCCCAGCCAAUUAGAAACAUCCCAUAAUUUAAAGAUAAGAUGGAGAAUGACAUUAUAUUAAUUUGUGUCCAACUUCCCCAAAAGAAAAUAGUUUCUUCAGUUUUUCAUUAGCUCUUUUGAUAAAAGGUGUGGUGUGUUAAUAUGACUAGAAUACAAAAAAUGAUACAUUCAGCAUGGCUCAGUUUUCCCACAUUUCAAAUGGAAAACUUUUCUAGUCCUAAAAUAUGGUGUAAUCCUGUUCUGCUUUAAAUUCCCAUCUGUCUUUUACUCAACAGGAGGCAGGGUAAUUCUUAAAUAUUUAUAGAACAUUUGAUGAGUUCUAAAGAGAUGUAUUAUUUACAUUGUACAAGUUUUGUGUUGAUGUGCAGAUUGUUUUCUACAUCUGCAAGACUUCAUUCCAGCACCUUAGUGAAUGUUCUUAAGAUACAAUUUUUAAGUAUCAGCAAAGCAUUCAUAGAUGUUUACUUUUGAUUCUCAGAAUCCUGAACCUGUUUUGGGUAUGAUGUUACUUCACAACAUGUCUGGCACAAGAUUUCCUUUAAUAGUGGUUUAGUCUAACUCAAUUUCUGUGGAUUGUUGAACUGAAAAACACCAAAGGAGUUCUUUCUUGUCUGGAGACUGGAUUGUUCCAGUUUUUAAUACCUGUGCCCAUAAGUAUCCCAUUUCACGAAUGUGUGUUGGCAUGGGGGAAAAAUUCCCUGCUCUUUGAGUGGAGCGAAAGUAAUUGGUUAAGCUGUAGCAGCUUUUUUUGUUUAUUUUUUAAAGUGAUAAUAAAACUUGAACUGAAAAUGGUAAAACUUGAACUAGAAAACUCUUGUAUGCUUAGAAUGUUUAUAGUAUUACGUGUUUAUGUGA